AUGGCCCCUGGGCUACUGGUCCCAUCCGACGAUUCGGAUGGCUGCGAUUCGGAGCGAAGACCGCCUCGACGUCGUUUUUUCCAAAAGUCUGAAAGAGGAUCGAGGCGGUUGUUGCUCGAUGUGGGGAUCUGCCACUGCGUUCUGCUUUGUGUACUCACGGUCUCAGUGAUUUUUAUCGGUGCCAAUACGUACAGCUUAACGAAACGUUACACAGAAUUAUCUGAAACUUUGUUAGCUUUGAAAUUGUUACCGCAUCGCAUCGAGACGUUAGAUGUGCAGUUACACAGAUUGAGAAUGGAGUUUGAUUUGUGGAAAGAGAAUUCUCCACGUCAUCUGAAUCAGACAAAAGACACAACGGAAUACGUUUACGAUGCUCUUGAGCGAAUGUCUGGAGACGUAGAGGAAAUGAAGAAAAAGGUUUCCUUGGCUUCUUCGGUGACGGAAGAUGUUACACGAAGGCUGUCGACAGUGGAAACGAGAUGCUUGAACGUAUGUCGAACGUCAAUGGCGAGGGAGAGGGAGAAGCCAAGACGUCGUCAGGCAACGAAGAAUGCGCUGCCUACAGAUGCUGAUGAUGAAGUUGUAUUUAGAAGAACUUGAUCUCUAUGGGAAUAGUUAGAAAAUUCAAACUCCAAGAGCUGUCUUUCUUCACCUUAAACUGUUCCUCCAACUAUUAGUCACAAGUUUGUUUGCUUAUAACAGCGCUUUAAGGGUAAUCCAGGUGCUCAAUAAUGUGAUGGUCCUCGUUCUCGUAAAUUGUGCUGACUUGACCUUUCAGAAGUUCUUGUAAAGAGUUUUGCGUUUCACUUGUGCUGUGUGCUUCAGUCAUUCUUGCGUCUGAGUUCAUGUUUGUUCUAUCUCCUUGUUUGUUCUAUGAAUCUCGCACAUCACAAUUGAAAUGUAGAUGCUGCCAUUUUAUGUGCGUGUGUGGAAGCUUGGUGUGUGGUAUUGAU